AUGUCGGUCGUUCUCGAGGGUGACGGGCUUCCUGCGCCCGUGUUGCAGGACACCACUAAUGCCAUGUACGUUACCGAGGUGUUCGCUGACAAAGAUGUGGUCGGAAACACGCUCGGAAAGGAGGAAAUGGUUGAGGAAGUAGAGCCUAGCGAAGGCGACUUCAAGAAGAUGGCGGAGAAGGUCGCAAAUGGUGUUACGUUCCUCGUGGAGGAGGCCGAGGAACUCGUCUUUGACCAUGAUGAGGGCACUGCUAAGGAGAAUGGCUUUGCUCAUGUAGCGCAUGACGAUAGCAAUGUCUCGGGCGCGAACGGGGAAGUGGAGGAAGCUGCUGCCGUCGAGAAGUCUCAAAUGGACGUGGCAGACGCGUCUGUUGCCGAAGAAAUAGCUGAAGAUGCUGUUGCACCCUCACCCACCAUUGACGGCGAACCUAAUCAGGGAACAAAUGAGGUUGCCGCGUUGGUCGUUGCAGAAGAGCCUGCACCAGCAAGCUCAGGACCCGCGGAGAUAGAAGUUUUAAUCACUGAGGGGCUAUCCGCUCCCUCGGAAGUGGUUGCUGCUGAUGAGGAAGUCUUUCCCACGUCCGAAGAGGCGGCCAGUGAGCCAGAGGCGGUCGUCAUCGAGAUCGUGGAAGACGCUCCCGCCCCUGAGGAAGCGCCCGAGCAGACCAGCGCUCCAGCUCCGACCGAGGAAGUGGAGCUCGCUGUCCUGGAGCCAGCCGUCGAGGAGGUCCGUUCCGAGGAGGCUAUCGUGUUGUUCGAAGAUUCAACGUCUCCUGCUGAGCCCACUGCGGUUGUUGAGGAAGCAGCUGUCGAGGAGAGCCAUCCCGCUCCGGUUGUGAACGAAUCCGCUGCCGCAGAGGCUCCUUCGGCGGAGCCCGUGGUAGUGGCAGGUGCAGUCGAGGAGGUUCCAGUCGCUGAGGGCAAUACGAUUAUCGAGGAAGCAGUGGUCGAGGAGCAUUUCGCCUUCGAACCCACUACAGAAGAGACUGUCGAUGAGGCUCCUGGCCCGGAGUCCAUCGCAGUGGUUGAUGAAGCUGCUGUUGAAGAGGCUUCUAUCGCAGAGCCCGUUACAAUUGUUGAGGAAGCGGCAGUAGGCGAAGUUCCUGCUGCAGAACCCCUUGCAGUGGUUGAAGAAGUAGCCGUGGGAGAUACUGAUGCCUCAGAAGCCGUCACGAUCGUGGAAGAAGUCGUAGGAGCAGCGGCCACAGCAAUCGCAGCUGUUUUCAGGGAGGAAAAAGCGAGCGUCGACGUGCCCGAAGUCACUAUCGAGGACGCUGCUUCUACGGAGGAGGAACCUGCGGUGGAGAGCAUCACGAUCGAGCCUCCCACUCCUCUCGUUGUAGCGGAAGAACUGCGACCGGAGGAAGCACCCCAAGUUAUCCCCGUUCAAGAGGUGGCCGUAGAGGAACUGGCCCAGGAAGUUGCGCAGGAACAGGCCGAGGAAUAUGUCGAUGAAGUCGCGGAGCAGUCGGUGGAAGUCACUGAAGUCUCUGUCGAGGUACCUGCUGACGCAGCAGAGGAGGUUGACGAAGAAGACGCAGCUGCUGACGGCGAGGACGUGCCUACCGAUGCCUCUGUGGAGGACACCGAGGUUGUCGAGGAGGUGUCCACGGAAGUACCUGCGGACCUUGACGUCGAGAUCGUUGAGGAGGCGUCUGCCGACCCUCCCGAGGCCGUAGAGGAUGUCUCUGUCGAAGCGUCCUCCAAGGCAGUAGAGGAGGAUCCUACGGAAGCGUCUGCAGAGGUCAUCGAAGAAGCUUCUGCUGCUGCCUCUGCUGCAGUAGUCGAAGAAGCCCAGGAGGUGCCCGCUGAACCUGCUGAGGAAGCGAUGGAAGUGACUACUGAACAUUCGACUGAAGGGCCCGUUGAGGUGAUUUCUGAGGUAGUGGCAGCGGUUGCUGCAGCAUCAGCUGAGAUCGCUGCGGAAUUCUCCUCUCAACCCUCCACCCAGAGCAACGAAGUGCCUACGGUGCUCGCUGCAGUUGAGCCCGAAGACUCACCUGCUCCUGUGCAGGAAGCUGUCGCUGAGGUUGCUGGGGAAUUGGAUACUCAAGAUACUCCUGUUGAAACUGGGGGUGUUGAGGCAAGUGUUGCCGAGCCUGUCAUCGAGCAGAAGGCUGUCGAGGAGAUGGUCGAGGCGGUGGCUGCAAUUCCUGUGGACGAGCAUUGGGCAGAGUCAAGGGCGGAAGUUCCUCCCGAAAGCCAAGUUUUGGAAGCGGCUGAGCAGAUCCAAGCGAAUGCUGCAAUGCCAGCGGAAGAGCUUCCCGUGGCUGAAGAGGUCAUGGUAGAGACUACCACUGAACCUGCUGCACACGCAGAAGCUGUGUCUGAAGUCGUCGCAGCUGCUGAAGCAGCAACGAGGGCGUCUGCUGCAGUGGAAGAAGCCAUAGAGACACCUGCCGUGGUCGAGGACGCCGAGGCUCCUGUUCCGGUCGAGGAGACAGAAGCUCCUGUUGUCGCUAUCCAGGUCGAGCAACCCGAGAUUGCUGAAGCCGUCGCGGAAGAACCUGCUGAGCCCGAAAUUGAAGCCUCGUCUGAGGCGUUGGAAACUACGAAAAACGCAGAGAACGAGCGUUCAACGUCGCCUUGGACCCCUUCGUACAGUGUAAUGGUUCAAGGUCUUGGUGUAGCUGGACCCGAGGGUACCGAGGAGAUUGCUGAGCUCGAGCAAACUCCCAUUGCGGAGGCCGUAGUUAAGGCUCAUGAAACGGAGGCAGCGGUCGAGGUACCCAUCAUCCAGAGUGACGGUCAAGAAGAGCACAUAGCCAUUGAGGCCAUUAUAGGUGCCACGGCGGCGGCCGUGGCUGUCCUUGUUUCUGAGCCUGAUGAAAUGUCACCUCCGGAGGCAUCUGCGCAGGUUGUUGAGGUUCCCAAGUCCCCGUCGUGGGUGCGCUCGUACUCCGUGAGCUCGCAAGGGAACAGCCCUCUUCCUUCUCCGAAGGUGCAAGCUCUUCAAGAGUCCAAGCUGGAAGCAGUGGAAAAUAUGCCUGCUCUUGAACACAGCACUGAGGUGGAAGUUGUCGCCGAAGAGGCCGCUCCUGCCAACAAAGUACCAGCUGCGGUGGAAGUUGAAGAAGCUGUUGCCGAAGAAACUGCAGCAGAGGCGUCGAUCGUCCCCAAAGGCGAGGAGCUCAUGCCCUCCAGUGAUGUUCCGAUCACGGUCAUUAUCGAGGAGGCUGCACCUAUGCCUCCAGUGGAAGAGACGAAACUAGAACCGUCGGCUACUGCCAUCGAGGUACCUAAGUCUCCUUCAUGGAUUCCCUCAUACUCUGUCAGCUCUCACGGAAACAGCCCUCUUCUUGCCUCAAAUGUGGAGCUAGAGGAAGAAUUUACAGUUGAAGUGGUGGCUGAGGUCCCUGUUUCCGAACCAACUGCUGAACCAGUUGUCGUAGUUGAGGGUGAAGAGUCUGUACCUGUGGAAGCUGUCCUCGAGACCGCUGCCGAAGCUAGAGAAGAAGUCGUGCCUUUUGUUGAAGUCGCUGAAGUGAACGUCGACGACGAAGCGUCAAGUCUAUCUGCCGAGGCUCCUGAAAUUCCGAAGUCUCCUACAUGGGUACCGUCGUACUCUGUCAGCUCGCAGGGCAGCAGUAUACUGGUGGAAGCUUCUGAAGUGGAGAGUGUACCUACAGUCGAGGCCAGGGACGAAAUCUCUGCUGUAGUCCAAGAGUUUGUUGAAGGCAUCGAGCCUUCGAUUUUGGUCAAAGUUGACGACACUGCGUCCAUAGCUUCGACAUCGCUCAUUGAGGAAGCACAGGGCUAUCCUCGGACACCGACGAUUACCGUGGCUGAGGUUGACGCAUCCGAGCCCGCGGUUGUUCUGGUGGUCUCGUCAGAAGCCCCUGAAGCAGUCGAUUCGGAGGAGCCCAAGUCGAUUUGGGUCCCCUCAUAUUCUGUCAGUUCCCAGGGUUCAAGCCCUGCACACGCACCCCAGGCCACUGUCGACAGAGAUGUGGAGAACCUAGAACCCUUGCAAACGGCCGAGGAGGUAACUAAAUCUCCUUGGGUUCCUUCGUAUUCUGUCAGUUCGCAGGGCACUAGCCCGGUGCCCGCCCCUCAAGCGACUGAAGACGCAGAGGUUGACGAACUGGAGCCACUGCAAGCUGCUGAGGAGCCACCGAAGUCUCCCUGGAUUCCUUCGUAUUCCGUCAGCUCUCAGGGGGCGACCCCCGACGUGAAGAACCUCGAGCCCUUACUCGCCCCUGUGGUCGACAGUAUUGCCUCUGCGUCUGCUGAAAUAACAAGUUCUACUGAAGAGGCGGUAGUUGCUGUGGUUGAGGCACAAAUAGCCGUCGAAGAAGAACCAGUCGUUGCCGAGGAAUCAGUCGGUGUCGGGGAACCAGCUGUUGUCGAGGAACAAGUGGUCGUGGAAGAACCAGCAGUCGUUGAAGAACAAGUGGACAUUGGAGAUCGCCUCACGUUAGAGACGUCCGCUGUGAUCGCAGCUGAGCUCGAAAGGCCCAAUUCUCCGUGGACGCCGUCGUACUCUGUGAACCAACAAGGUGCCAGUCCUCUUCGGAAGGAUAAGGAGUUGAACGAAGUGGAGCAAACCCCUGUUCCUGCCGCAGAGCCUGCAGAAGACGUGCAAAUCGAAAGUAAACCGCCGUCGAUCCACUUGGAUAAGUCGGCGGAGCUCGGAAUGAUAGAGGCUGAGGCCGCUGUGCUCGUGGAAGAGCGACCUGAACGGCCAUGGACUCCCUCCUACUCAGUCACUACCCAAGGCCCGGAUGUCGCGAACGGAAAGGCGCAUACAGAGAAAGAAGAGAAUUUCAACCAGGCGAUCCAAAGCAAUGUUUCUAACGGUCACACCGAACUACAGGCCUUCCCCACUGUAGAAAAUGGUGAACCCAAGAAGAUGUCGACAAAGCCAAGCCUCGCUCGUCUUGUCCCGGUGAACGAGGACGAACAGAUCGAGAUUGAAGCUAGCGCGACCUCAGUAGCUGAACCCGUCUCGCCUACCCAUGCUCGUCAGCGACUCGAGUCAACCACAUCCUCUCGCUUCUUCCCGGGAGGCUGGUUCUCGAGUACACCCAAGUCGCAUGACAAGGGCCGGGCAUCGCAUGAAACUGCCGCCGGCGAGUUUUCCAAGAGUCCAACUAGUGCAACAUCAACGCCGGCGCUCGAAGUCCCGACGAACACUCCCACGGAAGGCAUCGACGAAAAGAAGAAGGGAUGGUGCACCAUCAUGUGA